UCUUGUAAGUCUGUUGCUGUUAUAUUAAAUUUGUAUUAUAUUUACUGACUAAUUCAUAAAAUAUCUCGAAAGUACAUUAUUUAAAGUUGUCACAAUUUGAAAUUUUUGAUAGAAACAAAUAUACCUAAUUGUUGAUCAUACCUAACAGCUGAAAUAAUUAAAUUUAAUCAUGGAUUUUGCUGAAGCGAUACCGGUCACUUUUAAAGAAAUUACUCCAAAUUGUAGCAUUCCGGAAAAAUGGAAAGAACUAGUGCUGAAUACAGGUGGUACCCAUAGUACUCUACAAGACAUUAAAUUACCUCAAAAAGGUGGUGGAUAUUGGUACAAAGAUUCAAUAAAAGCUAAUACAAGAAACAGAUUCAUUUAUUGGCAAACAACUUCAGAUGCUAUAGAACUAUCAGAGGCAUCAUUAGAUGUAAAUUUGUCAGGAGCAAAUUUGAGGUGCAAAGUGGCACCAGGCACUCCUCCACUAAGUAAUCUCACAGCAUAUGAGCGUCCUGCUUACAGAGAAGUUGUUAUACUGGCUGCAACAGUCUCAUCAGUCCAUAGACUGAUCUUUCCACAUCCAGAAAGUUUUGAUAAAAAGUCAACCUUUGGAUCAAUGAGCACAACAUCACCUUCAAUAUUUCAUGAUACCAGUCUUGUGAAUAAUCCAAAUAAUUAUUAUAUUUUAAACCAGUAUUCCAAUGCAACCACAGGAGUAGCACACACAUGUGCUUCAUUGUUGCGUGACUCAGGAGAAGCAGUUUUUGCUCUUGCAUUUGGUUAUGGAGGUGAAGGUGGAUUAUUGCUAGUCAAACUACCAGUAUCAGGGCAAGCAGUAACCUCUGUCCUUAAAAGGGAAUCUGCAGUGCCAAGAUUUUUGUCUGGUAUUACCGGAGCAUUAAGGGGUAAAAGUGCCACAGAUGGUGUUGAAACAUAUGGAGUGACACUCACAAAUAGUUUUGCGGUUGCGGUUUGUGGGGACACUUGUCUCCGAGCUUGGUCUUUGGAUGAUGGUGGUGCACCUAUAGUUGUCUCUUCGCCACUUUCACAGACAUUAGUCAGACCGAAACCACCUCCGCAUGGUCACAUGUUACAGAAGACAAUUGGUUCAGACGAAAGUAUUAUAUUAGUAGCAUAUUUAUCUUUUCCAAAUGAGUGUGAGUUUGUUGUUCUAAAAAUGCACGACAGUGUAGCAGGAACUGUGAAGUUUUCACAUAUAUGCCGCCUCUUUGGACCACAGAUGGAUCUGUUGGAUUAUGCUAUUGGAUAUGGUGAUGGAUCCAACGUCAUUUGGGCAUUGUGGAGUCAACCAGAUGGAGACACAGUUAUAACAAGUAGCGCGGCGGGCGCGGCGGCGGGGUGGCGCGCGGCGGCGGCGCGGGAGCGCGGCGGCGGGCUGGCCGCGCUGCCCGCGCACUCCGCUCAUCGCCACUACCGCGACCGCUUGCUCGCGCCGGCGCUCUUCCCGCCCGCUGUCCUUCGGAAGGCCAUCGCGAUAUACCGACGUACUUGGGGCGGAAGUGAGACGAGCCUUGAUGGUGACUUGGGAGAAUCGGCAAUGAACGCAGUGCAAACUCGAAUGCAGCAUCUGGCUGCCCGAUCCGGAUCUACAGAUCAAUCACAUCUUAUGCACAAAUGCUGGUCAGAUUUAUAUAGUUGGUGUAUGCAGUACAUGGAGGGGUUACAAAAACCACUGGGUAUUAUGGUCUCUAAACAUGGUUCUGAUAAUGAUAGCGGUUGGUGGUGUGCAGUGGUUCGUCGCGCUGGAAUCUCUCUCGUACGCGAAUUAGAGCCAUUAGAAAAAUUGAUGCUCGCACCAGAUAUGUCUUUACUUGACACUACAAUGGAGGGCGAGCGGUCCCGCGAGCUGUCGCUGUCGGCGGAGGCGGUGCGCGUGGUGGCGGCGGGCGCGCGCUGGGAGCGAGCGGCGGCCGCCGGCGCGGACGACCUCGAGCGGCGGCUGUUCGCCAGCAACGCGCCGCAGCACCGCCUGCUGCCGCGCCUCCUGCACCUGCAGCUCGCCGCGCCGCUCUCCGCGCCCGCGGGGCCCGAGCCGCACCACCCGAUAUUGACUCCACAACAGGUGGAUGAACUGACAUCUAUAUUGGAGCCAAUCAAAGAUCUACAGAAUGCAGUCCUCGAGCUGAACGACGCGCUGAGAUUGGACGUGCCUGAGCUUGACACAGCUAAAAGUGAAGAAGACGAAUAUAACGAAUAUGAUACCCUAUUCGCGAGCGAUUUGGGCGUAUCUAUAGUAACUGAAGCGAUUCGACAAAUGGCUGAAAUGAGGUCCCGCGUGGUGCGAGGAGCUGUGGCGGCGCUGGGCGCGGCACGAGGCGCGGGCGGCGUGCCGGGCGCCGGCCACUGCGCCGUGCACUGGCAGGCCUACCGCGCGCUGCUCUGGCACUGCGCGCAGCCACUGCGUCGCCCGGCUGCAAGUACAAGCGAGUCGUUCCGACUGAAGCUGAGCUCGUUGGGCGCGGUGGCGUGCGAGGCGGGCGGUGGGUGCGCGGGGGCGGCGGGGGGCGCGGUGGCGGCGUACGUGCGCGGCGCAGGCGGCGCGCGCGCGCGGUUGCAGCUGGCGGCGGCGCACGCUCCGCUGCGCUGGCACCACGCGCUGCCCCUGCUCGCUUACCAUUUAGCGCACCAGCUGUGGGCCGUCAGUGGUGGUUUUGAAUUUGGUUGGUGGUUGGCGACUAUUAACCAACCGAAACUUGUACAGAAUUAUGUCGCUAUGCUAGAACCCUGGUGCGAAUGGAAUGCUUGUUCACGACAAUUCAUCUUGGGGUUAUCGCUGCUGGAGACAGAGGACUCUGAAGGCGCGUACACAGCGUUUUGUAAAGCAGCCAAGGGAGUGAGCACCGAGCCCUUCCUGCGCGCGCUCGUGGCCGCGCCCCACGCGCGCCUCACGCAGCACCAGGCGCUCGUGCUCUACUACAUGAAGGUGAUAAAAUUAUUUGAGAUCCACGAUGCGGGUGCUUGCGUGGUUCGUCUCGCUGAAACUGCAAUUAGCAUUGCCGACAAAGAUGACCCAAACUUGGCGAUGUUCCAGUGGCUGGUGUUCAAGUGGCACUUGUCCGGAGGUCGCACGUCCCGCGCGCUGGCCGCCGCCGCCGCCAGCCCCGCGCCGCACGCCCGCGCCGCCGCCGCCGCCACGCUCCUCACCACACUCGCUGGUCGGCGGCAGCUGGGCGCGCUGGUGGGGUGCGCGGCGCUGGCGGGCGAGGCGGAGCGCGCGGCGGCGGCGCGCGCCAGGCUGCACGACCCGCACGCGGACAACCCCUACUACGACUUCCUGUACGCGCUGCACGUCUCACGACACCACUACCGCAAAGCUGCGGGCGUGAUGUACGAGCGCGCGGCGCGGUGCGCGGCGGAGCGCGGGCCGCGCGCGGGCCGGCGGCGCUGGCUGGCGGCGGCGCUGGUGUGCCUGCGGCUGGCUCGCCCCGACCACGCGUUCCUGGCGCGCCCCGCACCCCCCGCACCCUCCGCACCCCCCGCGCACGCCGCCGACGAUGCAGACCGGCCCGCCGCGCCCCGUCUGCAGGUCAUCGGACCGGAGGAUUUGGCUGCCGAACUCCGCGAAGAAGACCCUGAAUCUAUAGAUCCUGUUAAACAGGCGUUACUGAAAAAUGAAGACAUUGAUUUCGACAAAUUGUAUCCAUAUCUAAAAGAAGCAGAUGCUGAAACCUUGCUAGCUGUCACUAAGAGGAUUUUGAGUACUGGACAAUUUAUGCCUCACUGGUUUCUACAGAGAUAUACAGAGGUGGACGGCGCGGGGUGCGCGCGCGCGCUGAGUGCGGGCGGGCGCGCGGCGGCGGCGGGCGCGGCGUGUGCGGGCGCGCUGCGGGCCGCGCUCGCCGCCGCCGCCGCCCCCGCCGCCCCCGCCGCCCCCGCCGCCGGCCCGCGCGCCGCGCCGCUCGCCGCCGCCGACCUGCUGCGCGCCGAGCUCGCGCCGCUAGCUCGCACCGACGCCUACGCCGCACAGAUCUACAAUGAAUUGGAUUCCCUGGUCAAAGAAUACAUACAGGUUGUCAUAAGAACGUCAGAGGAUAUGAAAGUUGCACAAUUGCAAAAUACUAUUGUUCAUUGAAUUUUGUGAGUUUUAAUAAAAGAUUUUGUAUUUAAAUAAGUUUAUUUGCAUUCACUUAUAUAUGACUAGAGUUAUAAGCCCACGUCCAAAUACGAUUUAUACAAAUCAAUUUAAUAUUCUGGAAUGUUGUACUUUUUCUAUAUACGCUUUUAGCUUAGGAAGACUAUAGUAGUUUUUUUUUUUGUAUAUAUAAAAUUACAAAAAUGUUAUCUUUUAUGUAUAAUGAAAAUAUCUAUAUUAUGAGCUCUAUCUAUGCCAACAGCGAGAAGAUAACUCAAUAUCAAUAGUUUCAGUAUAAAGUAUUCUUUUUAAUCUUGUGAAUUUAUAAACUAUCUAUAUUUUAUUGUAAAAAAAAUACACAUUACAUUACCCGAUAAAGUCCAAUACCAUUUAAGAAACAAACUUUGUCACUAAAAAUAAAUUAAAAACCCGUACAAAACACCAAGUAUUUAGUAAGUAAUUAUGUAACAUAAAAUUUUAAAAGAGAGAAUAUUUUCUGCAUUAAAUACGAUAAACAACAUAUCUAAACUAAAUAAAUUUGAUGCAAUGAGACUAUGGUCUGUCUUCUACAG